CAAAGCAAGAUGAAGAACCAAAUUUGUUUUAGCGUAGUCUUUGUGCUCUUGCUCUUUCUUCUUCUCGUUACAAAGUGGUCAUGCGUUGAAGCUCAGACUUGCAACAGUGGCACUUUAACAGGGAAAGACCCUCCUGCAGGACAAUGUAACACAGAGAACGACUCUAAGUGCUGCGAGGAAGGCAUGUCUUACGAUACUUACACAUGUUCACCACCGGUGUCAAGCAGUACACCGGCUACACUAACCUUCAACAGCUUUCAGGAAGGUGGCGAUGGUGGUGCUGAAUCGGAGUGUGACACUCAGUUCCACUCAGAUGACACACCUGUGGUGGCACUGUCGACAGGUUGGUUCAACAAUAAGCAGAGAUGCUCAAACAGUAUUACCAUAUAUGGAAAUGGAAAGAGUGUUCAAGCCAUGGUCGUUGAUGAGUGUGACUCCACUAUGGGGUGUGAUGCUGAGCAUGCUUACCAGCCUCCAUGUGCUAACAAUACUGUUGAUGCUUCUAAAGCUGUUUGGGAGGCUUUGGGAGUGCCAGAAGAAAGUGAUGAUUGGGGAAAAUUAGAAAUAACCUGGUCUGAUGCUUAGAUUCCACCAUAUUUCAAAUCUCUGUCAGCAGUAACACUAAUUUUUUUUCACUACUUUAACACUUGAAAAAACUAUAAAAAUAAAUUGUGAAAAAGAUUGUGUCGCAACAAUACUCUUAAAAUAUAGUACUAUGCAAGGGUGGAGGUUUUCUUAGGUUUGCGCGUAAUUGUG